GCCGGGGCGGGCGAGGGCGCCAUGCUGAGCCGGCUGCAGGAGCUGCGCAAGGAGGAGGAGACGCUGCUGCGGCUGAAAGCGGCGCUGCACGACCAGCUGAACCGGCUCAAGGUUGAAGAAAUGGCGCUGCAGGCAAUGAUCAAUUCAACCAGAGGGGCCGGGGUGCCACCUUCGCAGCCUGCGCCUGAUCCAGUACAGGAUAUGCUGGUGCAUGUGGACAAUGAAGCAUCCAUCAACCAGACAGCACUGGAGCUGGGCACAAGGUGCCACGGGCCAGAAGAGGAAGAGGAGGUGGAGGAAGAAUCGGAUUCCUGAAGGGGGAAGACUCAUGUCUUAAGGAUCCAGAACUUUCUCUUUACAGAUUCUCUCGCCAUGGGCCCGAUGACCUACAGAAGGAAGCAAGAACUUCAAGAGGGUGGAAAGUUGUGGAAGUGGUUCCACUAACUCAGGCCCUGGGAUGCUUUCGCAAAAAUCAGAGACCAAGAAAAGCGACAGUGGUUGGGCGCUGGGCAGAGUGGGCGGGGCUGCACCUGACUCCGAGAUCAUGAUGGAACAGAAGUCGUCUCUGAAAUGCUCUGGGUGUUUACAGGCAGCCUUUGCGGCCAAUAGUGUCACCUAUAAGAAAACCCUCUCUGGGGCUGGAGCGAUAGCACAGUGGGUAGGGCGUUUGCCUUGCACGUGGCCAACCCAGGUUCGAUCCCCAGCAUCCCAUAUGGUCCCCUGAGCACUGCCAGGAUUCCUGAGUGCAGAGCCAGGAGUGACCCCUGUGCGUUGCUGGGUGUGACCCAAAAAAGCAAAAAAAAAAAAAAAGAAAAAGAAAACCCUCUCUGGUUGCUGGCUGCACGCCACCCAGCCCCAGGGGCACAGAGCAAGGCCACAGCUGGGAGAGAAAGAGCCAGAGGAUGCAGGGUCAUGUGCUGGGCCAUGGGCAGCACUGCCCACAGUGGACCACCUGUGGCUACCUGCAGCUGGUGGGGCAGUAAAGUAUGCCAAGAAGGAGGUUCAAGAUCACAGCCACCAGGAGGGUGCUGGCUUCCCAGCAGCUGCCCAAGAAUCUCAUCUGGGGAACAUACAGCAGGAUGGGCUCAAGGCCACACCUGGGCUAGGGAGGAAAUAUGCCAUGAAAAUGCGAAACCAGCUUGGGAGACUGGGUUUAUAAUAAAGGAAUCCUAAUUCCAGACUCGCUUAUUAAACUAAUGGUAGCUGGAGUUAAACUUCAUUUCUUUGUUUUUGGGUCAUACCCAGCAAAGCUCAGGGCUUACUCCUGGCUCUGCAUUCAGGGAUCACUCAUGGUGGGGUCCAGGGGAUGCUUGGGAUUGAACCCAGGUAUGCUACGUGCCCUCCAUGCUGUGCUCUGGCUCCAGCCAAAACUCAUUUCUAGGUACUGUCCCUUCCCACUGCUGAACUGUAUCAGCAUCUGAUGAAGUUACUUUGGAUACCCUGACUGGGAAAAAGCAGAAAUCUAGACAAACAUGUUUCUUGAAAAAUGUCAUGUAAAAGGUAGUUUUAUAGUGAAAAAUAGCAAGGGCACAUGGGGUGGGGGUGCGUCUAAUUGAAAAUACGAACACAGUUGUAAGAACAGGAUGCGGCCCCAGGAGAUGGCUCGGUGGACUGACACGGUCCACUCACCCGCCGCAGUCGGUAGUUCCUGAGCACCAUGGGUGUCCUGCUCUAGCCUGUCACCAGUCACGUGCCUUUCCUCACUGCCUCCCUCACCCGCACAACUAUGCGCUUCACAACUGGCAUUUUCCUAAGUGGCGGUGAGAUGCUGAGACACAGGAAUCCAACCCUCAGGGCCGGAGCAGUAGAGCAGUGGGGAGGGUGCUGGCUUUGAGCGCAGGCAACUAGGCUGAGCCCUGGCACACACUCGCAGGUGACUUCCCUGCCACCACACAGACGGGGUGAGCAGUUGGGGCUGCUUGUCGGCGGGGAGGUGCAGUCAAGCCUAAAUGGAAUAGGCAGCAUAGGUGCACCUUCCUGGGCAGCAGCUCCUGUGCCGGGGGGUGCCCCAGCCCACCCCCACAUUUUUGCCUUAUAGAGAGGAACAGAGGGGACAGACGGGAGCUGCGCACAGGAGGGCGGCCGGAAGAGGAGGGUGUUGGGGAGCGCUGACUCUUAGGAAGCCCCAUCGUGAGCCCAGUAAACGCCACGGCAGGGUUUGGCUGACUUGCUAGAUUUGUGCAUUGAAGACUGAAUCACAACCACAAGACUGGAAAUUGCUCUCAUCCGUCUUAAAAGCAUAUUUAUUUGAAUAAGAGGUUCGAUUUGUUAAACAUCUGGAUUAAAAUGGUUCGAAGGAUUUCCUACAAUCCUUAGGCACUGUA